AGUAAUUCGAGUUUCAUGCUGACUUGGUUUGAUUGAAUAAUAAACGAAUAUUACUGUAUUCUGAUACAAUAACCCAGACGAUACCAUCUCAAAUGUGGAGUGAAAAAAUAAACCAGGAUAAUAAAGCUGCCCUUCUGGCUUGGGUGAAAGAGACUGGAAUCCAGUUAGUGCAGAUCAAUGGGCAGAGAAAAUAUGGUGGUCCUCCACCAGGAUGGGCUGGCUAUGCCCCACCAUCCGGUUCAGAGGUUUUUAUAGGAAAAAUCCCCCAGGAUAUCUAUGAGGAUAAACUUAUUCCUCUCUUCCAAAGCGUGGGGAGGCUUUAUGAAUUUCGUCUCAUGAUGACCUUUAGUGGGCUUAACCGUGGCUUUGCCUAUGCUAAAUACAUGAACCGUCGAAAUGCCCAGGAGGCAAUUGCUUUACUCAACAACUUUGAAAUCCAGUCUGGCUCCCCCAUUCUGGUCAUUAGAAGCACUGAGAAGUGUGAGCUCUGCAUUGAUGGUCUGGCACUCUCGCUGAAAGAGUGCCACCUUCUGCCUAUGCUACAGGAACUUACCCCAGGACUCCAAAGCAUCUCCUUACAUGCCAGCCCUUUCAGGAAGAAGAGGCAGCUGGCAGAGGUGAAAUACACUUCCCAUCAGGCUGCUGCAAUAGCCAAGAAAAAUCUUGUGGAAGGUAGCUUGUGUCUCUGUGGAGAUCAAAUUGAAGUGGCUUGGCUAACACCUAUUAUUAAACAGGAGCUCCAUAAUGUCUCAGUUCCAGGUAAUCCAAAGGCCCUGCCAUCCAGCUGGAGCCAUAGCAGUGUUCUUCGUCAAGUGUCUUCUGGGCCUAUGGACAGCCACAUGCUACCAUCAAGGGCCAGUGUGUUGGAUUAUUUAAAACUGCAGUGUGAGUUGCAUCAGCUGGGCCCUCCUGUAAUCUUUACAAAAUGUGUGCAGAGGAAUCCUGAAGACUGGCUGCAAUUCUGGUAUCAAGUGGUGAUACCAAAAUAUCCAUCACCCUUCAGUGGAUUCAUUUGGAUCAAACCUGAUCCCUCUGGCUUGGAAGACCAUGAAAACGUAAAGAAUUUUGUGGCCUUGCAGCUACUUAAAGUCCUAGGGUACCCAGUGAUGUAAAAGAGAACCACUCUUCAAACUAAUGAAGCUUGUGUGUCCUACUCUUUUAAUUGCUUUCACUGAGCCAAAUUCAUAUAAAAAUGGGUGCUAAAUCUCUUCUGCUUUAUUUUCUCUGGGAGGAUUUGAGAAUUUUUUUUGUUCUGAUUUUCAUGCUGAUAGGUUAUUUUGGGAGCAGCCUAUGCAGUUUUAGAAAGAAGACGGAAGCUGUUGGUUACUGGAUAACACAGUGUGAGUGUAGUCUGUACAGCAUUUAAAAUCUAGCAAUGACCAAUUUUCUUUAAGAUUGUGGGUUGUUUUCCUCUUAUGUUCAGGUAUUGUCCUUUUAUAGUUUAGUAUUUAAAUAUGUUUUCAUUUCUGACAGUUUGAAUUUACAUUGCAGCCAGGUGCCUUAGGAGAAGAGCAUCUUGGAGAUACUAUAGUACUGAAUGUUGUUAGUGUUUGCUGGGUAGGCAAAAAUUCGUUUUCUAUGAAAGGAAGAAUGUUUUUGUAAUACUUAAUCUUUCCAAUAUUGGAAGCCAGCAUGCACCGGACAGGGAGGCCUUGUUCUGACAUCUUGGAAAUGCAACACUAACACAGAUGCUGCAUUAACAGAGGAAGUUUAUUCCACAUGAAAAAUAGUAAAGAGUAUCUAAGGGUGUCAGGAAAAAUGUACGUCUUUUAUUGCUUUGCAUGUUUCAGUGCUGGAAUUGAUAUGUAGGGCAUAUCUUUAUUAAAGUUUUGACAUAAAUGUUAUGUAGUCUCUUUCUGAAAUAAUAGAUUGCUUUAUUGAUUACAACUA